UGGGAGGUUAAGUGACCUCAUGGAUUGGGAUGCCUGCUCAAACAUUGGGAUUGGAGAUAAUGGAUGAAGAUCAAUUAAUGGAAGAAGUCUUGGAUAAGUUUGUUAAUUGCCAUGAGCAAACAUAUGAAGAAUUUUGGAGCACUUUUACUGAUCUUUCAAAAGAAGAUAAUGUGACUAAAAGAGGAGCAUUUGAAACUGAUUCUUCAGGAAAAAUAUUUACCUCAGUAAAAUUUACUCAUAAAAAUGAACCAAAUGACCACCAUCUUAGAAACACAACUGUAUUUCAUCAUACUUCAUCACAUAUCAAGGUAGACAACUUCCUAGAUUUAGAAGAUUUGGACAUGGAUGAAGAGAUUAAGCCCCAAAUGAAUAAGGAUUUCCUGCUGCUUCCAGGAACUGGGGAAGAAGAUGUGAGAGUUUGUUCUUACAGUCCUUCUGUGGACCAGUUUCUCACUGCUGAGGUGAAGCCAAAGCCCACUGUGAAGGGAACCCAGAAGCAAGCAGAGAAGAUACUUGGUGAUGAAGUCCACCCCUUUUCACUUGAUGAAGAAUUUGAUUAUGACAACAUGGCUCAAACCCCCAAGUUCACUGCUGAGGAGAUGGAGCCCAUCAGAGAGCUAUUGAAGGAAGAGAGAAAGAACACCAACACAGACCUAUGA